CUACAUUGUCUAAGUGCUACACAGAGAGCAGCUCCCCUUUUUAUGAGGGCGCUAACCAAUACUAAGAUCGCGCCUUAUCAUCUGAUGUCAGAACCCAGGUAACUCAGCCCUUUUUCUCAGAACAAGGGGGAAAUUUCUACCAGGACAGAACAUUCCAGCCGUCCUUGAAGAGGAGAUUCAGUGUGUCAACACCCACCUCCAUGCUUGAAUGGUCCUUUGGUGAUUUUGGAGAUUCCUGAUGUAAUUGUCUCAAGGACUUCUACAGACGAAGUAAAAGCCUCAGUGAACAGAGAGAGCACAAGAGAGAUCCAAGCGAAUUUGAAAGCAGAAAGUGCGGAGACAUGGCAGCUUUUGGUUUGGAGUUAAUAGGCGUCACGCUCUCGGUUCUUGGCUGGCUUCUCAGCAUUGUGAGCUGUGCUUUGCCCAUGUGGAGGGUCACGGCAUUCAUCGGCACCAAUAUCGUCACAGCACAGGUGUACUGGGAGGGAAUCUGGAUGAGCUGUGUGGUUCAGAGUACCGGACAGAUGCAGUGUAAAGUCUACGACUCUAUGUUGGCUCUUCCUGCAGACCUACAGGCAGCCCGCGCUCUGGUGGUGGUGGCCAUCAUCGUGGGUGUCCUAGCGCUCUUUGUCGCUAUAGUGGGGGCCAAGUGCACCAACUGCAUUGAGGAUGAAGGGGCCAAAGCUCGUGUGAUGAUCAGCUCUGGUGCCGCCUUCAUAACCGCUGCGGUCAUGCAGCUUAUUCCCGUGUCCUGGUCAGCAAACACCGUUAUUUUGGAGUUCUACAGCCCGGUUGUUCCAGAAGCACAGAAGAUGGAAAUAGGGGCUUCGCUGUACCUUGGCUGGGCCGCGGCGGCUCUGUUGCUGGUCGGAGGCUCCAUUCUGUGCUGCAGUUGCCCACCUAAAGAUGAGACAAGGUACCCGCCACAGAGUCGUAUAGCGUACUCAGCCCACCACUCAGUGGCUCCAAGCACCUACAACAAGAGAGAUUAUGUCUGAGGACCUCUGAGGACUUUUGAGUUCUACGGUCAGUCUUUCAUAGAAAGAUAAUUGUGACCAUAUGGGUUGGAGGUAACUCAAAAUCUUGUUUACUUUUUCUCCCAUGUGAACAUUUCUACAUGCCUUUGUUUUGUUCAUUGUCCAUUGUCACUCCACAAUUUGUUAACAUAUUUUAUUUUAUUUGUUAGCCUAUUUUAGCAUAUUUUAGCAAAGUU